AUGUCCCAUCAGAAAGGGAAAACGGAACUGGCUAGGUCAGAAAGUUGGGGUAUCCGCUUUUCUGGCAGGCCGGUCUCAGUAGCUGUCCCGGUGUUGGCUGUCAGCGAGGACGGGGAUGGUCUCGUGCUGCGGAACGCCCCGGAGCAGUGUGCCAGGCUGCAGAAUUCUGCCGCUUUACAGGAGUUCCCCCGUCACCUCACUCACCUAGAUGCCCUGCAGCAGGCGGACGUGCUUCAUAUGCCUCAGGUGCAGCUGGACCUCCCAGCCAGGGCUGAUCCCUCCCAUCAUGCACCUGCAGGCAAACUGAGCUUGAUUCUACCUGGAGCCCUGGUGGUGGCUGGAAUGUAUCUCGUUAUAGAGUCGGCAGCUGAGGAGCUCUAUGCUGCAUCGGAUGUGUGCCCGCUGGGCGAGUUCCCCUGUGGAAACCUCUCAGUGUGUCUGCCCCAGCCACGUCACUGCAAUGGUGUGCAGGACUGCGCCAACGGAGCAGAUGAGGAGAACUGUGUUGAUAACAGUGGAUGGCCUCACCUUUUUGAUGCUUUUCUGAAGACAACUAUUCAAGAGUCAAAGGACUGUUUGCUAGAUGUAUAUCCAGAAGUUUGCCUUUGUGAAGGCAGGAAACUGAAUUGUAACAGCAAAGAGCUCCUGGAUGUACCUGCUGUGUCCUCCAAUAUCACUGCGCUUGAGCUAAAUAGCAAUUGGAUAACAUCCCUUCCACCGGACCUGUUCAUCCGAUACAGAAAUCUCGAGAAGCUGCAUUUGCAGAAUAAUAGCAUCAUCACCAUAUCCAAUCGAGCUUUUUCAGGACUUUUUAAUCUACGGAAAUUAUUUUUAAGCCAGAACAGGAUUACCAUGCUGAAGGCUGCUAUCUUCAGAGAUCUUCACAAUCUGGAGUGGCUGAUAUUGGAUGACAACAAAAUAUCUUCCAUACGGCAGAAGUCAUUCAUUGGACUCAGAUCUUUAUUCUUCUUGUCUCUACUGAACAAUUCACUGGAACGCCUCCCAAAGAAAUCAUUCUGUCUGGAAAUGCCAAAGCUAAACUGGCUAGAACUGGAGGGCAACAGGAUUUCCUCCUUGCAAAGCUCCAGCUUCCAGGACUGCAGAGCCCUUACAGUACUAGCUCUGCGUAGAAACCAUAUUCAAGUCAUAAAGGAGGGGACAUUCUCCACAAUGCAGAGGCUUAUAGACCUGGAUUUGUCUGUGAACAGAAUUCAAGAAUUGCCCUCCUCUUUAUUUAGAAAUCUACAAAACCUAAAGCAACUGAACAUUUCGAACAAUCCUCUGACUCAUCUAUAUGAAGAUCAAUUUGACAGCCUCAUCAAUCUGCAGUCCCUGGGGAUGGAGGGAGUUGAAAUCCCAAAUAUAAGCAUUCGGAUGUUUCGUUCUUUGAGCAACCUCUCACACAUAUAUUUUAAGAAGUUUGAGUACUGUGGCUACUCGCCCAAUGUGCGCAGCUGUAAGCCCAACACAGACGGAAUCUCCUCCUUCGAGAACCUGUUGGCCAACAUCAUCCUGCGCGUCUUCGUCUGGGUGGUGGCCUUCAUCAUCUGCUUCGGCAACGUUUUCGUCAUAUGCCUGCGCUCCUGCAUUGCGUCCGACAGCCGUCACCACACUAUGUCCAUAAAGUCACUUUGCUGUGCAGACUGCCUGAUGGGGGUCUAUCUGUUCUUCAUCGGGGCCUUUGACAUCAAGUACUGUGGGGAGUACAACAGACACGCCCAGCUGUGGAUGGAGAGCCUUUCCUGUCAGCUGAUUGGGUCCUUGGCCAUGCUGUCCACCGAGGUGUCUGUCAUGCUGUUGACCUACAUGACCUUGGAGAAGUACGUGUGCAUCGUGUUCCCAUUCCACAACUACCGCGCCGGACGUAAGCAGACCCUCUCCACCCUCAUCGGCAUUUGGAUUCUGGGCUUCAUGAUUGCCGUCAUCCCCUUCUGCGAUAAGCAGACAUUCGGAAACUACUACGGCAGGAACGGCGUCUGCUUCCCCCUCCAUUCUGACCUGACAGAGAAACCAGGGGCUAAGAGCUACUCCACCGGGAUUUUCCUAGGCUUGAAUCUUUUUGCUUUUAUUAUGAUCGUGUUCUUCUACACCAGCAUGUUUUACUCCGUGCGGAAAACCGGAGCCAAAACCGCCCGCCACAGUGUCUUUGACCAGGAGGUCACCAUCGCUAAAAGAUUCUUUUUCAUUGUGUUCACUGAUGCCUUGUGCUGGAUGCCGAUAUUUCUACUCAAAAUCCUCUCCCUCUUACAAGUGGAAAUCACAGGUACCAUAAUAUUAUGGGUCGUGAUAUUCAUCCUGCCGAUCAACAGUGCCCUGAACCCUAUCCUUUACACCAUGACAACCACCUCCUUCAGGGAACGGCUCAAACUCUGUCUCCAGAUGAAGUGGCAGCAGCUCGGAAUGAAGGAGACCCCGCAUAGCAUCUCUAUGAUUUACACACAUAGCAAUGCCCCCUAGUGGCAGGAUGGUCUCUUGUUAGCUGUCUAUUAUCUACGCACACCAUAGCCCCCGGGGUGGAGUGGAGGCGCAGAGACUGGAAAACUCUCUACACCUGUUCAGCCUUGUGCUUACCUCUUCAAGAAGGA